AUGUCCAAGUCCAGGAAGAAGUUUAUUGCUUUGGUAGAGAAGGCAAUUGCUGAUGGUGCACAGAUGGCACCAGAAGAGCUCAUGUUCUCUUAUAAGGGGAUUUUGUAUCCUGCUACUGUUUGCAGUCCAGCUGUCUUCAAAGCUCUUGAGUCCUUUGAAGCAAGGAGGGAUGAUGUGAUCCUAGCAGGAUAUCCCAAGUCUGGUACAAAUUGGGUUGGUCAAAUUUUAACAGAUUUGGUACUAUCAUCAGCAAAGUAUAGUGAAGACUCAGAUAGACUGGAUGAUGAAGAACAGGAAGAAUUUCCAUAUCUUGAAGUUGGAGAUGCGGAGAAAUAUCAGAGGAUGGCAAAUUUACCUUCCAGAAGAGUUAUGCUCACCCACCUUCUCCCUCAUAAUCUCCCUGAAUCCGUGUUCAAAAAUAAAGCCAAGAUCCUGCUGCUAGUAAGAAAUCCAAAAGAUGUGGCUACCUCAUUUUAUCAUUUUACCAAUCGCUUGGCUCCUCUUCCCUCUUAUGAAACCUGGGAUGGGUUCUUUGAUGCGUUUAUGAAUGGAGAAAUGCCCUGGGGCUCUUAUUUUGACUAUGUCUUUGAAUGGAACAAGCACAUUGAUGACAUAAAUGUAAUGGCAAUCACAUAUGAGGAGCUGAAGAAGAAUAGGGCUUUGGGAGUGAAACAGAUAAGUGAAUUCUUUGAGGUGCACUUAAGUGAGGAAGAAAUUCAAGGGGUUGUAGACAGAAGCAGUUUCCAGGCUAUGAAAGAAAACUCUGAAAAAACCCAUGGAACAUUUGGCGAUAUCCUUUUCCGCAAAGGUGCUGUUAGUGAUUGGAAGAACAUUUUCAAUGAAGAACAGAACCAGAAAAUGGAUAUGACAUUUGAAGAACGCUUAGGUGGGACAAAACUGGGAAGAAAGUUAAAAUAUGAGGUGUACUGCAAGGAUUGA